UCGCUAUCCUGUAGAGCGUGAGGCCGCAUUAUUGAUGGCGCUAAUGCUACAAGAGCUUCAUCAAAGACCGGCCUGCUUUUCUCCUUUGUCGAAAGCAAGCAUCAGUUAGUCCCUAUGGUGAAUUAAGUAUUAUAAAUUGGUCGAACCUCUGCAAUGCUGCAGAUUACUCUAUAUGUUAAGGAAAAUGCUUGUCAAAACGCGUGGUUGUUUCACUUAUUGUGGCUGAAAACAAUAAUCUCUGUAAAAAGUUUUUAGUCUUGAACUCGUACGGUCGUAGGAAGUAUAUAUAUUGUUGAUGCCCGGUUAACAAAAUGCCCGUGGUGAGGAUAAGUGAUGAUGCUGGGGACACUAUGACGUUACUGGACAUCAAUGAGCGGUUCUUCCCCGUGCUGAGGACCCCCGGAUACGACCAGGAGACAGAGAUUCGGGGAAUGGAGUCCUGGGAGGCCAGGUGUAACGAUGUCCUCGUGUGUGCCUACCCCAAAUCAGGAACCCACUGGGUUUGGGAAAUCGUCAACAUGUUAAUAAACCAGAAAGCUACUCGAAUACCAUCAAUGAAAGAAUCGGCCAUGUUAGAGGGCAGUUCCAGAAAUAUCAUGCAGAGUAUGUCGUCACCCCGAAUACUGAACACGCACCUGCUGUUUUGUGAUAUACCCAGAGAUUUUGUAGAGAAAAAAUGCAAGAUUAUAUACAUUCUUCGCAAUCCCAAAGAUGUCGCUGUUUCCUUUUACAAUCACCACGUACGACUUCUUGACUACGAGUAUUCCGGAACUUGGCGGUCUUACCUGCCUCGCUUCCUGUCGGGGAGAGUUGACUAUGGCUCCUGGUUUGACAACGUACUCCAUUGGCACGAAGCCACAAAGUCUCUUCCCAAUGGCUCGAUCCACGUCAUGACACACGAGAACUUACACACGUCCACUGAGGAAGAAAUCAGACGCUUGGCAGAGUUUCUUGGGGUCGGUUGUAACAACAAACUUUCGCGUGAAAUUUGUGAGAUGUGUUCGUUUUCGGUCAUGAAGCAAGACAAAGAUCCGCUAGAGGACGCCUCGGAGUGGAAACAUGGAGAACCAGGGAUAUAUAGGAAAGUUAACCGGGACAGGGCGAAUAUAAAAAGUGAAGGAACCUUCUUCAGGGUGUAUAAAAAGGACAGGUGGGGGAUUGGAGAAACUGGUUCACGGUGGCACAGAACGAGAUGUUCACAGCCGUGUAUGAACAGAAAAUGGCGGACUCGGACAUUACACUGGAGUACGGACACGACAAAGUCUAGAGCUUAUCUUGGCCAUUUCUUUAACAUAACAUCUAGACAAAAACGACCUCAAUAAUAAUAAGCGGUUAAAUAAGAAAUCACUUUCAAACAGAGAAACAACCGUCAAAAAUUAUGCAGAUUUUUUUUUUACUUGAGACGUCAGGAUUUUUUUUUUUUUUAAAUUCAAGGGAAAAAUUCUCAGCUAAAAUUGACGAAAUAAUUUGCACCGAUGAAAAGUAAUCAAAACAUGAAUAACAAUACGAUAUAACGCAGUUGAAUGAAUUGUACAUUUACAUUUAUUUAAAUUCUUGUAAAAUUUUGCCAACCGUCAGAGGUCAGGGGAUAGAUUCUUCACACAAAUAUUAGUUUUUAACAUCUUUACUCAAAGAAUUUACUGAAGACAGAUAUCAUCCCACUGAAAAAAUACAGAUUUGCGAUUUUACAAGACAAAAAAAAAAACGAUGAGCACCUUGAUCACACCGUGGAGUAAUUCUGCCAAAGUAGAGCACGUCAAUGUUGAUGUAUUUUGUCUUACAAAUAUGUUUUAUGCAUUAAAAAGUGGAUAAGAUGCAACAUCAUGAUAACACCUCUAAACCAGACACCAAAAAUGUUGUUCUCACUAUCAUUAAUUUGCAAAUUAAAUGGAAUUGAUCAAAUUUCCAUUUCCAUGUUUGUUUGUUUUUUCUGAUAAAGAGAUGGAUGAAGUGAUCAGUGUAUUAAUUGUGUACAUCUUAAACGAUCAAAUUAGAAAGUCUGAAUUUCAGUCAUUCACUGAUUAAAAGGCUGAAGUAUUUU